ACAACUCACAACAAUGGGUGGUAUUUUCUAUUUUAUAUUUUCGGAUUUUUCGGACAUGAAGAAAUGAUGCAAGCUCCAAUUUGAGGAGGAAUGCAAAGUGACUGUCGAGACUGUUUGGGAAUUCGUUUUCGAAUUAACAGCCUGCACCAGACCUGGAAGUGGUUGCAUCAAACAAUCGCCCUCCACGAGUACCUCAUCUCCCUCUCUUCUGCUGACACAGAUGCCUCUUGCCCUAUGCACUAGAUUCUUCUAAUUUGGAAAACUUAUAUAACUUAAGUUUUUAUGAAGUAGAAUACUGAUUAGGGAAUAUUUACGCUUAAAAAAUUAACAUUAGAACAUUCAUACAGAAAAGUAUCCGUUUAAGUACCUAUUUUAAGAAGAAAUGGCUCAAUCAGUGAUGAAAGGAUUCGCAAUUAGUGGGGCGGUAAUGGCACUGACAAGAAGGGCUAGUGCUCGCAGCCUAGCCACUGGCAGUAAGAUCGUGAUACCUAAAAAGAAGGAAAAUGAACUGCCGCCUGAGAGGGAGAUCACCAAGUCUGUGUUUAUGUCGCAAUCAACUGAUAUUUACACUAAUUUGGCUCUGGAAGAUUGGAUGUACCGCAACAUGGAUUUUAGCCGCCACCAUGUAAUGAUGGUCUGGAGAAAUGAGCCAUGUGUAGUUAUUGGCAGACACCAGAACCCAUGGCUGGAAGCGAAUGUCCCACUGCUCUCUGAGAGAGAAAUAGCUCUUGCCCGGCGUAACAGUGGGGGUGGCACUGUAUAUCACGACCGUGGCAACCUCAACAUCACUUUCUUCACACCGCGUGAAAGAUAUGACCGCAAGUACAACUUGGAGCUGGUCAAGAGAGCACUAUACAGGGAAUUUGGAAUCAAGUCCAUCAUCAAUGAGCGCCAGGACAUUGUUGUUCGUGACAAAUAUAAAAUUUCUGGAACAGCAGCCAAGCUCGGCCGUCUCUCGGGGUACCACCAUUGCACACUUCUAGUCAAUGCCAACAAGGCAGAUCUCAGUAAAGCCCUAGCAAAACGUGAGACAAAUGCGACUGAGUCGACGCCAUCGCCAGUGCUUAACUUGGCGGAGUUGGACAGCCGCGUGACGGUGGACGCGCUGCAGACGGCCCUGGGCUACGAGUACCUGCGAACGCCCGCUCUCAGCCUACACGACGGCGGACACGAUCAGAUCUCCAAACAACGAGGGUUCCAGUUCGUAAACCCUACUGAUGAGUGGUUCCCUGGUCUAGCCGAGCUAAAGAAUGAGAUUCAGUCGUGGGACUGGUGUUUCGGCAGGACCCCAGACUUUACCGUGAGCCGAGCCUUCCCCGUGCCGUCAGAGUUGCUCGCGCCGUCCAAAGUGUACUCGGCUUCGCAAGAACUGAUCAUCAAUAUGACCGUCGUCAAGGGUUUGAUCGAUGACGUCACACUGAGCAUCCCGCGAGGCUUCGUCGAGUCUGGUUUCCACGGCGAGGCGUCUGUCAUCACUCACCUGAAAGGAAAGAGGUUCACUUCCGAAGCACUCAAUGCUCUCCAAGAGGCUAUGUUGACGCGCCAUUUGGGCAAUGAACAGAAAAAGUUGGACGACAAAGAACAAUUCGUCGCCAAAUGUUUCGACCAAGUGGUAAACACUAUUUAAAUUGUAUGUAUUGUAAUGUAUGUAUAUAGAAAUAUUGUGAAGUUUAUUAUGGCGCUGUGGUUAUAAUUAUUAUCGGUUGUACAUUUUAUAUGAUUGUAAUAUUGUUAUAUAUAUUAACAUAAUUAUUUGUAUAAAAUAUAAUACCAAUAGUUGGUACAAAUCAGAAUUGAAAAAUUAUAUAUUUUUGUUAUGUUAGAUAUAAUAAUAACUAGCUAUAGAAGUCUUUGUCGUGUAUAAUGUACAAAAUGGCUACCUGUGCUUCUUUUCUUCAUUUCUAAAAGUGUUUGCUUUCUUGUUGUUUUAAUUUUCCGUCUGCUUUGUUACACUGUGUUCUUUUAGUUUAGUGUUGUAUUUGUUAAUGAUAAGAAAUCGGCACGAUAGUACUUUAGUUGGAAAGACCACAUUGUGUAUUUUUAGUAGCUAAGCUGCUCAAAUUUAAGAUAUUUUAAGGCUUUAGUAAUUUUAUGAUUGUAAAAAAAAAAAGAAAAAUUCGAUAAUGCCUAAACCAUGUAAACGUUCAUUACUAAAUGUGCCCUAUUGCUUUUUGUCCCCUUUCGUAAUGUCUAUUGCCACUAUUGUGCCGAAUACUUAUAAAUAUUCACGCGAAGCGCACCUCAGUGCUGGCGCUACAAGAAUGCAUCAUAUCAUUUGUUUUAAUUAAUUAAAUUAUAAUUUUUGUAACUGAUUUAAUGUACCCAUGUAAUGUUAUUUAUCAAGCAUUUUUAGAAUAACUAUAUAAUGUUAUAUCGUAGCCGACAUAAUAAUCAAACGACCAUUUCGUAAUCACUAAAAGAGUACAGAACUAUAGCUAUUUCAAUGUUAUAUAUACUUACUAACAAUAUAUCGUCGAUUGUCGUUUGGAAAUGUGUCUACUAUUUUUCAUUUAUGUAACGUUAUUGAUAAACUAUCAAUUCUGUACUCUUAUUGUUUUGUGACCACAUAUUAUUUUAUAAGAUCUGCCCCCAGCGGGAACUUUUUUGUAUGAAAUGGAUUAUUAAUUUUAGUUAGUUUAAUUAUUUCUAUAGAAUGUUUUUAUUUUGUCGCCACUGGUUGUAAUACCAUCUGUAUAUUUAUAAUAAUUUGCAUGAUUACAUACAGUAUAUUUUUCUUAUUUACUUGUAGGUAAUUCUUUGCAAUUAUAAUUGGUUAUUUUGAACAUUAACAUAUUUUUUUCUGUUCGAUUAAUUACAAAAAUUCUUUAUAAAUAAAUGUACAUGACAAAAUA